AUCUGUCUUGCCCAGCGGUUAUAUUUUCCUCGUUGCCAUGUUCUAUCGCACAUAUAAAACACUACACUACUGAUUCGGGCCGAUCGGCUAUUAUAUCAACAAUAUGGAUACACAGACAAUACUGGUUACAGGGGCUGCUGGGUUCCUUGGAUCCAACCUGAUUGAUUUUCUCCUCGACAAAGGCUACCGAGUCAUCGGCGCAGACACAUUCCAAACAGGCUCUCCAAAGAACUUGCAACAUCUCGAAAAUCAUCCCAGAUUUACACUAAUCAACCACAAUGUCCAAGCCCCCUUCGACAACCUCGACCAAAUCGACCAAAUCUACAACCUCGCCUGUCCUGCCAGCCCGAUCCAAUACCAAAAAGACCCCCUCUCCACCCUAAAAACCUGCUUCCUCGGCGCCGAGAACGUCCUCAACCUCGCCAAAUCGCGCAACAUUCGCCUCCUCCACACAUCCACCUCAGAAGUCUACGGCGACCCCCUUGUCCACCCACAACCAGAAACCUACUGGGGGAAUGUAAACCCGUUCGGUCCGCGCUCCUGCUACGACGAAGGCAAACGCGCCGCCGAAGCACUCUGCUAUGCCUAUCGACAACAAUACCAGACUGAUAUCCGGAUCGCGCGGAUAUUCAAUGCGUAUGGCCCGCGAUUGCGGGCGGAUGAUGGACGGGUGAUAUCGAGUUUUAUUGCGUGUGCGCUGCGUGGGGAUGAUAUUCAGAUUACAGGGGAUGGGACGGCGACAAGGUCGUUUCAGUACGUGACUGACUGUGUACGGGGGCUGUAUACGCUUAUGAAUAGUGAGUAUGCGGAGCCGGUGAAUAUCGGGAAUGAUGCGGAGAUUAGCAUGCAGGAGUUGGCGGAGAGGACGGCGGAGAUGGUGGCCAAGGUGUCGGGGAGGAAGAAGGUGGGGGUUGUAUAUCGACCGGUGCCGGUGGAUGAUGUCAAAGUCCGCAGGCCGGAUAUCACAUUGGCGAGGGAGAAGCUGGGAUGGGAGCCGGUGGUUCUGUUGGAAGAUGGAUUGAAGGAGUCAAUUGAGUGGUAUAUGGAGAACUCAUAGACUUGACAUAUUGAUUUACGAUGUUUCAUAGCUGUAUACUAUUAAUCCAGAAAGCGAUUUGCUCCACGCCG